UUUUCAUACGUUAUUAAAAUCUUCAACUAAAAUAUUUUGACAUUGAUUUUUGUUAUUAAUUUAUAUAAAAAAUGGGUUCAACUAGUAAAAAAAGUAAAAAUAAAGAUAAAGAAGUUAAAGAAUCUAGGAAACGGCAUCGUAGCACAUCUGUUGAAAUUGUACGAGAGAAAGAAAAGCGUAGACAUCAUCAUCAUAGCCAUCACAAAAAACAUCACCACUCAAAGGAAAAGAAACAUAAGUCAAGACAUUCGUACGAUAGCGAAGAUUCAGAUGUUGUCUUAGCGCCAUCACCUCCACAAAUUACAAGAUCAGAAUCUCCACCACCCCCUCCAACGAUUACCAUCAAAGUCGACAGCAGUCCAGAACCAUCGCCAGAACGUGAAAGACAUGAAGAUCGUAGUGGUGGCGGAGCCGGAGCAGAAUCACUAUCUAUCGAAGAAACAAAUCGAUUGCGUGCAAAAUUAGGUUUAAAACCAUUACAAGUUGAUACAACCACUGAAAAUAAAGAUGGGCGAUUAAAAGAUGAUUUGGGUGAAUUUUACCAUAAACCCGCUACAAAUAUUGCACAAAAAACGCACCAAGAAAAGAUACGGAGUAAAUUAUCUGAACGUAAAGAUCGUCGAAAGUAUGAGGAAAAAUUGGCUAAAACAAAAACACUUGGUGAAUCGGAUAGUGAUGACGAUCCAACCGCUUGGGUUGAAAAGAAUCGUCAAAUUCAACGGGAAAAAGAUCAGGCUGCCAAACGUGCUAAAGUUUUGGAGGAAUUGGAUGAAGAAUUAGGUCUAGGGCAGUUAGUUGAAGCUGCCACCAGAGAACAACGUAACAAAGCAUACUCACAAAAAAGUUUAAAAGGAUUACGGGUUGAACAUGAUGUCGAAUCAUUUCAAGAAGGCUCCACAACAAUUUUAACACUUAAGGAUAAAGCUAUCUUAGAAGAUGAUGAAGAUGUUUUAGUCAACGUCAACCUAAUCGAUAAUGAACAUUAUAAAAAGAAUAUCGAACGUAAAAAACAAAAAUUGGAUUAUAAUCCAUACGAUAAUGAAGAACUGGACGAUUUUGGAAUGUUGAAACGAAAAGAUGUUCUAUCAAAAUAUGAUGAAGAAAUUGGGGGCGAACAGAAGAAAAGUUUUACAAUUGGUAACGAUAAUUCUGUGGAACGUCGACAUGAAGCAUUAAUGUCAAUUAAAGCAAAACUAGCAAAUAAACGUGUUGAAACAUUGGCUUUACCCGAAUUAAAAAUUGCAUCGGAUUAUUAUUCCGAGGCAGAAUUAACGAAAUUUAAGAAGCCAAAGAAAAAAGUACGUAAAAUACGGCAGAAGGGUAAAAUGUUGAAGGUUGACGAGCUUGAGGCACAAAUGAAUGCGACUGAAGGUAGUGCAAAUGAUUAUUUAAAGGAUUUAGGAUCGAGACGAAAACGGGAUAAUGAUAAUUAUCUGGAUAUCGACGAUGUUCCAAGUGUGAAUAUAAAACCAGAAAAUGUAAAAAUUGAACCAGAAGAUAACGAAUUAGAAUUGGCAUUACAUAAAGCUCGUAUGUUAAAACUCAAAGAACCGAAGAAUCCAACUAAUAUAAUUGAACAAGUGAAAUUGGAACCCGCAGAACAGGAAAUGAAUAGCGAAGAUACUGGUAACAUAGUUCUUAAUUCAACAGCUGAAUUUUGUAGGACACUUGGUGACAUACCCACAUAUGGUCGUGCUGGAAAUCGUGAUGAAGAGGAAGAUUUACUUGAUUUUGAACGGGAAUUAAAAUAUUCAGCGAAUGAACCAAUGGAUACAGCAAAUGGUAUGAGUGGUUCAUGGGUAGCCGUUGAUACUGACGGUCAAGGAACAUCCUCAGCUCGUGUCAGUGAAAUUAUAAAUCAGGAAGCACCUAUUUUAGAUGAAGAACCAGAUGUAGGAUCGGGAGUUGCUGCAGCGUUACAACUUGCAAUGAGUAAAGGCUAUCUGGAUAAAGAAGAUUCGAAUAGGCCAUCAACAUCACGUUUUGCUCAUCUUCAAGCUAAAAACUAUUCAAUCGAAGAUAAAACUCAUGGAGAUGACGAUAAAUUUGGACGUCGUGAUAGAUAUUCUGGACCAACAAUGGACUUCAAAGAAAAAGAUACGUAUAAACCGAACGUUAAAUUGGAUUAUAUUGAUGAUGAAGGUCGUGUUUUAAAUGCAAAAGAGGCAUUCAGAUAUUUAUCACAUAAAUUUCAUGGUAAAGGUCCUGGUAAAAAUAAAAUUGAGAAACGUAUCAAGAAAAAUGAACAGGAAGGUUUAAUGAAAAAGAUGAGUUCAACAGACACACCAUUAGGCACUUUAAAUAUGUUACAAGCAAAGCAAAAGGAGACACAAUCAGCGUAUAUUGUAUUGUCUGGAAGUAAACAUACUCAUUCAACGAAUCUUACAAAAAUGAAACGAUCGGAAAAAGGUCCGAACAACCCUAAUCUCUAA